AUGGGCUUCACAUCAUCAUUUGGUCCUAAUAACUCUGGAAUACAAAUUGGGGUCAACAACGGCUCUAUAACUUUGAAUCUCGACGAGGAGCUACCCGCCGUAGAUGGGGCUGCGUUUGACUCAUAUGACCAUCAACAUGAAGAAAGAUGUCUUCCAGGCACGCGAAUCGAUGUCCUCCGCCAGAUUCAAGAGUGGGCCUUCUCGCCGCAAGGCAGAUGCAUUUUCUGGUUGAAUGGGAUGGCUGGGACAGGGAAAUCGACUAUCUCUCGCACAGUGGCGGAGAAUCUCAGCGAAGCAAAUUCCCUAGGUGCAAGUUUCUUUUUCAAAAGAGGCGAAGCAGAUCGAGGUAGUGCUAAGAGGCUUUUUCCGACGAUUGCAAGGCAACUUACAAUUAGCAUUCCUCAGCUGCUCCCUCAUAUCAAGCAAGCAGUCCUUGAUAACUCAGGUAUCAUAGGGAAGGGACUAAAGGAGCAGUUUGAUAAGCUGCUUCUCCAACCACUUCUGAGCCUUAAACAAUCCGACCUCCCGGUGAAUACAGUUGCAAUAGUGAUCGACGCAUUAGAUGAAUGUGAAGGGGAUAACGAUAUACGACUCAUACUCCAGCUUCUACCACAACUCCAGAAGCUAGAUACUCAGAUACGAGUGUUCUUGACCAGCAGACCUGAAUUGCCAAUUCGUCUGGGCUUCUCAGAGAUCGCAAUCCAAGACCAUAAAGACCUUAUUUUGCAUGAGAUCUCGGAGAAGGUGAUUAAACAUGAUAUAUCGCUGUUCUUACAUCACCGACUGUCAAAAAUAAGGAGUGAAUCCUUUCUUUCUGACGACUGGCCUGGGGAAGAAAACUUGGAGAAACUAGUAGCAUUGUCUAUUCCACUCUUCAUUUUUGCCGCCACUAUUUGUCGGAUAUUUGCGGACCCUAGUUGGGACCCAAUAGACAGUCUUACUGAGAUCCUUGCCUACCGACAUGAUCAAUCCAGCAUGGAUAGAACAUAUCUCCCUGUUCUAGAUCGAUUACUCUUCGGACAGACAGAGAGACAGCAAAGGCAGCUUGUCGAGGAGUUUCAGCAAGUGGUCGGAUCAAUUGUGAUACUAGAGAGCCCACUAUCUGUCAUCUCACUAUCAAAGCUUCUGAAACUCCCAGCACGGCUUAUUCAGCUGAGGCUAAAGCCGCUGCAUUCCGUUUUGAAGAUACCAACUGAUAGAACUUUGCCGGUCCGCCUCUUUCACCUGUCCUUUAGGGACUUUCUCCUGGAUUCCGAAACCCGUGGCAAAACCUUACUCUCAGUGGAUGAGAAAGCGGCUCAUUAUAAACUGACCAUUCAAUGCCUUCUCAUGUGUCAAAGCCUGCGAAAAAAUAUAUGUGAGCUCCCCACUGACGGAACCUACCGGGCUGAAAUUGAUAGCCUGGCUGUUGAUCAGCAUAUUCCUUCCGAAUUACAAUACUCCUGUCGUUACUGGGUGUAUCAUUUAUUGCAAUGUAACAAUCUCAGUGACGUGAUCCAUCCAGCUCUUCUUUUCCUGCAAGAGCAUUUUCUCCACUGGGUAGAAGCAAUGUGCCUUCUAGGUCUGGUAUCAGAAGUUAUAGGGAUGCUUAAUCUCCUCCAGGCGGCCAUACCAAGCGACCAGCAUUCCGCCAUGUCUGAUUUUCUGCAAGAUGCAGAAAGGUUUAUUCUUAAGAAUCGCCAGAUAGCUGACGAGGCGCCUUUGCAAGUUUACUCUGCAGGACUCAUCUUUGCUCCGAAAGGAUCAAUCAUCCGAGAGAGGUUUAAGGGAGAGGUUCCAAGUUGGAUAUGCCAGUUCCCAAGAGUUGAGGAAAGUUGGAGUGCAGAAUUACAGACUCUUGAGGGCCACUGGAGCUGGGUUAGCUCGGUCGCCUUCUCGCCUGAUGGCCGGCUGCUGGCGUCUGGCUCUGAGGAUAACACUGUGCGGCUCUGGGACCCGGUGACGGGCGAUCUGCAGCAGACACUCAAGGGCUUCUCAAGCUCAGUUAACUCGGUCGCCUUCUUACCCGAUGGCCGGCUGCUGGCUUCUGGCUCUGUGGAUAAGACCGUGCGGCUCUGGGACCCAGUGACGGGCGAUCUGCAGCAGACGCUCAAGGGCCACUCGGGCUCGGUUGACUCAGUCGCCUUCUCGCCCGAUGGCCGGAUGCUGGCGUCUGGCUCUGUGGAUAACACCGUGCGGCUCUGGGACCCGGUGACGGGCGAUUUGCAGCAGACUUGUGACACGUAUGCAACUGUCUACGAGCUUGAGUUCUCUCAAGGUGGUUCACAUGUAAUCACUAACUUAGGUAUCUUUGAUGUUGGGCCCGGGCACGAAAAUGACGUUUCUCGUUCAACCAAUACGCAUCCGCGAGUUUUCAUUGAACAACAACUAUGGAUCAAUCUGGACCGCAAGAAUUUCCACGAGGCUCCAGAGCCACAGGUCUAUUUUGAUGAGUCAGCGACUUGGCUAGGACUGGUCUACGGAGCAGGAAAGGGUACAGUACUCGUCACACCCCACUAA